AUCAUUUUUUCAGAUUCUUCUUUGUGAAUUUUCUCAAUCCAUCUUUUUUGAUUAGGAUUUAUCAAAUUUUUGGAUAAUUUUUCUUGUUUAUUUCAUUUUUAUCAGUGUGUCUGUCUUUGUUCUAACAAAAUAUGAAAUUCUCAACAAUUUUUGCCAUCACUUUGGCCACAUCAUCGAUGAUGAUGAUGACGGUAAUGGCCGCUAACAAGAAAAAUAAGAUUGUUGCAGCUGCUUCCGAACCAUCUACAGUUUCGGUUCAACCAGCAGAUCAAACACCACGAAGGCCAAAAAUCAAUUGGGGCAGAUGUCCACAAUUAGAGCCGACUGAACGUGAUAUUGAAUCAAAAUCAAACAUUCUACAGGAAUGUUUACGACAAAAUCCACCACCACAAUCCGAAUCGAUUACACAAGAACAAAUUAUUCAACAUCAACAAAAAGUUACGGAAUGUGCAUUGAAAAUUGAAAAUUGGUUUGAUAAAAAUGGUGAAUAUAAAUAUAGUAAAGCGGAAAAAGAAAUAAAAAACAAAAACCUAGCCAAAGAUAUGGAAAAAAAAUUAUUGGAAUCACAUAAACAAUGUUCACAGAUUGCAAAAGAUCGAUCACAAGCGGUGAAAAAUAUGACAAUUGUUGAACAGGUUCAAGUUUAUCAAGGAUGUAUGGAUGCUCAUAUCACACAGAAUUGUCAGAUUGAAAUCAGCGCUGUUUGAAACGGUCUGUUGGGUUAUCAAUCCGGUUUCGUCAUUCAUUCUUUCUUUCUUCUUAUUCCCGAAAGACUGUGGAAAAUCCAACGAUAAUAAAAUUUCAACGCAAACAAAAAAAACAAUAAUUGAAUUCUAAUCUAAUCUGAUAUUUUUUUUGAAAUAAAAUAUGAUCGUUUUUUUCAAAUUUAAUUUUUUUUUUUGAAAAUUUUUCGAUUAAAUAUACAUUUACAUUGUCUGUCUA